AUGAAGGAGGAAGACAUCGCCAAGACAGUGUUCAAGACGCCAACAGGGCUGUACGAGUUCCUAGUAAUGCCAUUCGGGUUGGUAAACGCCCCUGCCACAUUUCAACGGAUGGUAGAGAACCUGUUCGGGGACCUAUAUUGGAGUGGGGUACUAGUAUAUCUGGAUGAUAUCCGCAUCCACGCGGCGACACUAGAACGAAUCCUCGAAUUACUAGUAGAAGUACUGGCAAGACUUAAGAACAGCGGACUACGACUACGAUUGUCAAAAUGUUCGUUCCUCCCGAACCAAAUCGAAUAUCUAGGACACACAAUAACCGAAGGCCAAAUAGCCCCGCAGACCAGGAAAAUCGAAGACCUUAGGAUGUUAACCACUCCAUUUACGUCUAUCUCACUACUACUAGUUCGUUGUUUCGUUCUCGUUUUCUCUCUAUCUCCCCCUAAAAAGCCCCCCUAA